CGUCCUCGUUGCCCGUGGCAACCGGCGGUACUUGGCUCUGGCUUCCGGGGCUCUCAGCUAGAGCGCCAAAAUGGACCUGAGCUCCUGGACCCCAGGGCUGAGGGCUGGCGAGAAGCAGGUGCAGGCAGCCGCCGUCUCCACCGGCCGCUCCCUGGAGUUGUGCACCUUCCCCUCCACCUUGGGCUCCUCGGUCGCGGUCGAGGCACUGGAGCAGCUGUUUGUUGUGGAGCGAUCACUGCAAAGUGACUAUUUUAAAUGCAAUGAAGAAGCAAAGAUCUUUCUUAAGGACAUUGCUGUAGCUGUUAAGAAAUUGGAAGAAAUGAGAAAAGCCACAAUCGAUCUUUUGGAGAUUGAAAGCAUGGAACUCAACAAACUAUACUAUCUAUUGGAAACUCUUCCCUAUAGCAUUAAGAGGGAAUUGGAAGAAUGUGUCAGAGACGCUCGCAGAUUAAAUCUUUUUGAGAUAAAUACAAUAAAAAUGAAAAUUACAAGAACAGAGAAAGAAAUAGAGCUUCUGAAGAAGAAAAUAAUUGACCUGACAAAAUAUAAUGAAGCUCUGGGGGAGAAACAGGAAGAGCUAGCAAGGAAGCAUGCGAGGUUUAUCCUGUCACUCAACCAAACUAUGGAGAAAAAAGCCACCACCACUGUUUACAUAAAUGAGACUUAUACUGAAAUAAACUUGAAGAGAGAAGACAUAGCAUUGCAAAAAAAAAUUAUUAAAGAGGCAGAAGAGCUAAUGGAAAAAGAAAGGGCAGAAUAUCUAAUAAGAAAACAAGAGUUGGCUGCACAGAUUAAUGAAUUUAAAAAUAUCUGUGAAAUAAAGAAAAUUGAGACUUAUGAAAAGAAGAAAGAAUUGGAUAAAUUACAAACUAAAGUAUCAAAAAUAAAAGAAACAGUUACUACUUCUGCAGUGGUUCUUAGUGAUCACAACUUAGAGAUAGCACAACUACAUGAAUCGAUAAGGUAUUGGGAACAACAAGUCAGUGAGCUAAGGAAAGCCCUUGUGAUUCUGGAGACUAAACUGGGUUUUUUCACAGAUAACAGGGAAAAACUGGAUGGUACAUCUAAUUAUGAAAAAACUGAAUUCCUGAGCAAGAUAAAAGAGUUGGCUGAAAUACUACAUGCUGCUCGUAUGAAUUACAAAGACCUACGACAGAAAAUGAAAACUCUUACCAGACAAUAUAAGAUUGUUUUAAAUGAAGAAGAAAAAGCUUUUUUGCAGAAACGAAAGAUCCAUGAUGAAAAUCAGAAACAACUGACAUUUAUUGCUCAGAAAGAAUACUUUCUAUCACAAAGGAGAGUAGACAUAAAAAAUAUGGAAGAAGGACUCAUCACACUCCAGGAACUUCAUCGAGCAACAAAAACAGUAUAUCAGCAACAAAUCAAAAUCCUGAGUGCUAACCUGGAAAGAGAAAGUCAGAGAUGUGUUAUAACUCAGUGGCAAAUAGCUUGCUUGAGAAAACAGCAUGCACGCUGGACAGCCAAGGCAAACGCUGAAAUAGAAGCUAUUAUGGAAAAAAUUCAGAAUGCAGAAGCUAGACGAAUUGAAUUACUUACUGAGACCAGUUUCAGAGAAAAGGAGAUCAAUGAAUUUGUGGCACAGAUUGACAAACUUACAAUAGAAUUAAAAGAAGAUGAGAAAGAGUUUAUUAACAAAGAAAAAAUGUUAAUGAAAGAGAUAAGCAAGUAUGAGGAAAUAUUUGUUAAGGAAAUACAAAUGACCAAAGAAAAGGAAGAGGAAUUAGUUGAAUGUCUUCCACAACUUCAGGUGGCAGAAGAAGAGUAUAGAGCGAAAAAAAGAAAGUUAGCAGAGCUCAGUAAUAUUGCUACAGCACAAAGACAGGAAGAGGAUUUACUGAACAAUCACAUUUUUCUGUUUACAAGGGACUUUUCAAGAUACGUUACCAACACGGAGGACCUAAAAGAAGAAUUAAAACAAUUACGAGAUCAAGAAAGCAAAAAAAUCAAAGAUCAUUUUGAAACUCUAAAGAACUUAGAAAGUGGAAUCUAUAUAAAUGAUGAAAAAGCAGACCUUCUGUUCCUGGAAAAUAAAAAAUUAAAAGAAUACAUUUUAUACAUGAAGAAUAACAUAGAGAAAUACAGAGAAGGACAAGAAGCCCUCAUGCACACCUCAAGUGACUUAUCUCAGCAACUGAUAACUCAGGAGGCACAAUAUGAGAAUUUGUGGGCUGAAUUUCAGGCCACAGUUAAGAUCUUGGUGGACAAUGGUGAAGAGACCGUGCAAGACAUAAAAAAUCUAACAGACAAACUGUGUGAAAGAGAUGAAAACAUGGAGCAUAUCAGUACAUGGCUACAAGGAAGUCUUGAAGAACUGCAUUCUCUUGUGAAGCAGGAAUCACCAAUGAACCUUCUUAAAAAGAAGAAACACAGUGGUACCAAAAGAGUUCAUUUCCCAGAGGCUAAAUGUACUGAGAAAAAUAUAUUAACAAAGAAUAACUAACAAAAUAAUGAAAGGAUACAACUGCUGUGAAUUCAAAAGACAAACACAACUACAGGAAAAGUGAGUGCACUUACUUUCACAUUUUGCAGCUAUUAAUAGAAGUCUUAAAUGUUUAAAAUUUAAUUCAUACAAUCACCACCAAGUAGCAGAACCGGUAAAUAAACUUCUAAACAAUAAAAAUGGAUAAACAUGGUCAGAUUGUUAGGUUAAGUGCUAAAAACUUUAUUUUGCUUCCAUAGUUGCAUCCAUGAGUCUCUUAAAGCCUUCAGAGCAUAAACAUCACAGAACACCUAUCACAAAAAACAAACUAUCCACAGAAAAACCAUUUUUAUAUUGUGUAUCUUCUGUAUUUUAUUAAAUCUAAUAUGCCAUCAGUUGUAAGAUGCAUUCUAAUUCAGAGAUGUCACGUGAAAUAAAAAGUAUCUCUAGAUCAAUAAAAUAUGGUAUGUAUAUAUGCCCCAGAUGUAAGAGGAAACUACUAGUUUGAAUUACUUCCAUACUAUUGUGCCAAAAAACAAUUAAGUGUCAAAACACUGAAAUUUUAUGUAGUCAAGCUUUUUAUUACUGUUUUCUUUACAGGAACAAUAAUCCAAACAAGUCUUGAACCAAACUAUAAACAGAAAACCUGUUAUAUAAAUUAUUAUCUAUUUGCAAUAUAUCAAAAUACUGUAUUGGUGAAAAUAUACAGAUAACAAAAAACAA